AGCCCUUCUGGAAAGUGAGAGAAGGGAGAAUUGUUGGAGCUGGAGGGGGGGGGCGACGAGAGGAUUCCAACCCAGGGAAACUGGAGGCUGUGCCUUACAACACUGUGAUUCAUUUUAAUUUUUAUAUUGUAAUUAUUCCACCCCUCUUUUGCUAGUUGAAGAUGUCUACAGCCCUCGUGUCUCCAACCAUCUUCGACCUGAGUGAACUUUUAUGCAAAAGUAACAAGAUGCUGAACUACAACCCUUCAGGUGCUGGAGGGUGUCUGUUGGACAGGAAGGCAGUGGGAACUCCAGCUGGCGGGGGUUUCCCCAGGAGGCAUUCUGUCACCUUGCCCAACUCCAAGUUCCACCAGACCCACCUCCUUGGCAGCCUCAAGGGGGAGCCAGCCCCAACACUGGGGCCCAGGGAGAGCCGUUUUCGGGACCGCUCCUUCUCUGAAGGCGGUGAGCGUCUACUGCAGCAGAAGCAGUCUGGUGGACAAGUCAACUCAAGCCGCUACAAGACAGAGCUGUGCCGCCCUUUUGAGGAGAAUGGAGCCUGCAAAUAUGGUGACAAGUGCCAGUUUGCCCAUGGCAUCCAUGAGCUACGGAGCCUGACCCGCCAUCCGAAGUAUAAGACGGAGCUCUGCCGCACUUUCCACACCAUCGGCUUCUGCCCUUAUGGGCCCCGCUGUCACUUCAUCCACAAUGCUGAGGAGCGUCGGGCUGUGGCUGGCAGCCGAGAGCCCGCCAUCAACGAAAGACCCCGCCUCCAACACAGCUUCAGCUUUGCUGGCUUUCCAAGUGCUGUGGCUGCCAAUGGGCUGCUGGACAGCCCCACUUCAAUAACCCCUCCGCCUAUCAUGAGUGCUGACGACCUUCUGGGCUCUCCCCCUCUGCCUGACUGUUCCAGCAAUCCCUUCACCUUCUCCAGCCAGGAGCUGACCAAUCUCUUUGCUCCCAGCAUGGGGGUGCAGGUGCCUGGUGGGGGCUCUCCCACUGCUUUCCUCCUCAGACCCAUGUCAGAGUCGCCCAACAUGUUUGACUCUCCCCCAAGCCCUCAGGACUCCCUCUCUGACCAAGAGGGCUACCUGAGCAGCUCUAGCAGCAGCCACAGUGGCUCCGAUUCACCCAUCUUGGACACGUCAAGACGCCUUCCCAUUUUCAGCAGACUCUCUAUCUCUGACGAGUAACCUGGUGUUGCUGCCUGGCUUCUUCCCACCUCUCUUUUUCAUUGUUAAGCUUGUAAUCUCUCUCCUCUUCCCUCAUCCUCCCCUUAACAUCUCUGGUUUAGAUGUUAACACAAAGAUAGUCCACUUGCCUAGAGUCCACUCACUGGCUGAAACAAUAAGUGCCAAAUUACAACUAAGUGAUAAUCGUUUACAAAUGUAGUGCCUUUUUAACAUUUUUCACUGUGACUAUAUUACCUCUCCAGCUGCAGAGGGCACCAGCAGCCUCCAUAGAGCUCUGUGCACUUCCAGAUGUGCAGGGAAUAUCCGGAACCAGCAGCUCCCAUCACUGGCCAUGAUGCAGGAUUUUCACCCUCUUCCCUUCCUCUGGUCAAUAUUUUUUUGGUAGACAUAAGGGCAUGUGGGCACUUGUUAACAUCAAACCCUUUAUACCUUUUAAAGACUAAUCUUGCCUGAAUCUGCUCAGGUCAACCAGAAGAACAGCUGAGAAUGGACAGUAACUGUAACCUGCAUGGGGCUUGGCGACUGGAGGGAAAAGGCAGAUGGACAAUGAGAGACUUGCUUUUGGUGCUACAAGUUCCCCAUGUGUACAUUUGACAUCUUCAGAAAAAAAGGGGGAGGGGGGUGUCUAACGGUAUUCAUUCCACACAUGCAAGUUCUGUGUAAACAAAGUUCCAGUAGUCAUAGCUUUAAUGGUUUGCUCUAGAGUACAAUAGACCUAUCCAUAGAGCACUCACGCCAAGCUUUUUUUUUUUUCUGGAUUUUUAAUUUUGUAUAACUUCAGAAAUUGGAGAGCACAUUUUGCUUGUCACUGCACAACAAUAUAAAGCUUAUUUAACUUAUCAAAACGUAUUUAUUGCUGAAACCUAUGCUUUUUUGUUAAUUUUGUUCAUAUUUAUC